GAAUUCCAAUCGUGCGAUUCUUCAAAAGCACAUCAAACACCGUCGCCAACUGGCAUUCCAGUGAAAGUCACCGGUGAGACUCCCCGUGCGCUACCGGACCUCGAUGUCGUGGAUCCGUACAGCGAAGAUCGCCGCAUAGCCAUGCGGCAACUGUACGAGGACUACGAAGUUUCCGUUCCAGACGAAGAAAAAAUCACACCAAAAGUGCGAUAUCGUCCGGCAUCACCGAUGCCUUCUCGUGAACCCAUUAUCAUACAACAAUUCGCACAACGUUUUCCGCAACCUCUACCGGAGAUAGAAGACAAUCUGAAGCGAAUAUACCGAUACGCAGACGAGACCUCCGUCCUUGGAAAACGUCGACAUUUUGCCGCACCUCUUCCAUCAACCACUACAAGUCCUUCUACAAUGCCCACAACCACAUUGCCCAGUACCAUGUCUGUGGAAGACACAACAGUGAGCCCUGCUUCUUCUACGCUGGCUUCCAAAGUGCCGAAAGGACGAAAACAUGGGAUGAAAUUAUUGGCACCAGCCGAAAAUACAGAAGAUAACACUGCCUCCAUCGCAAGACGCUUCCACGAACAAGAACCGGAGUACGACACAGAAGAGAUUCUAGCCGAGCUCAAGGCGAUGACCUCUGAGCCCGUUACUACCACAACAGCAACCACAACUAGCACUUCAGUAACUCGGAAGAAGAGUAAGACGGAUCUUGAAGACCAAAGGGACAAGCUCCAAGUGCGAAUUACUGAAAAGAAAAAGCAAUUAGCUGAAGCUAUGCAAUCAUCUACUGCUAGUGCUCCACUCAGUUUGAAGGCGAACCGGCACGACCUACUUCGUGAUGUUUGGCCACCUGAGAAGAAGCACGAGAAAAUGAGCAGUUCAAUUUGUGAUUGCUGGUUCUGUCGAGGAGUCGAUGACGAAUGA